AUGCAUGUCUACGUUGGGAAGUUCGACUGGUACGAAUACGCAAAAAAUGAAUGUAUAACCCUCACUAUGAUGAACCCUCAUGGUCAACAAUCCCCAGCCAAGCUAUCAUUACAGUACAGUGAUGCUACACGAAUUCCAUCUACAUCAGUCUUCACUGGGAAACUUGAUUGGUUUGAACACAGCCGGAAUGAGAUGGUAACACUCAUAAUCCCCGGCGAUGUAGCUAACGGUAAGCCUGUGGUACUCAGCCGCCAAUGGACCAGGACUAGCGCAGGCAUCGACAAGGAGAAUGCCAUCGUUAAUGGUACCAUGGAGUCCAUUAGAACCACUAGCGACGGUAAUCUGACGGCAAAAUUCGACACGGGUUUUUAUAAGUAUGACUUCACAAUUCUCGGGUCUGGCGAUAAGGUUGUUCUAGGAAUGACUAGCCUAUCGGUCUCUAUCGACCCCAGAGCCCCAUAUCACUUAGAUCAGACAGACUUCAGAGACCUCCAUAAGAAAAAGGCGUUAAUCGUGCGCUAUGGAACAGGUACCGAUAAUGGUAUCUUCAAGACGCGGGAUAUGCUUGUAAAUCAUCUCGGAUUCUCUGGGCGCGAUGUAGAGCUCUCAUACUUUGACAUCGAUCCGACUGAUGGGCCAAAUGAGUGCACGCUUGGCCAAGAUCCGCCGACUAUAGCUAAUUUCAAGUCUAAAUUUACGUAUCUAUGCACCAGUGCUGUAGCCGGUGACGUGCGUUUCUUGUAUGUCGACGCACAUGGCAUGACAUAUCCCGAUGAAGAUGGAUCUGGUGAACAAGAUGGUAAUGAUGAGGGGUGGAUUCUAGCUGAAAAUACCGACGGGACUUCCAAAGCGGUCUUGAAAGACGACUGGUUGGCUGAUGCUAUUAGGAAGAACCUUAAGAAAGGCGUCAACCUCACUAUCGUAACCUCAUCAUGCAUGGGUGGUGGGAUGUUAGAUACGCACAAGGCGACACCAGGGAUUCUCCUUGCCGGCUGUCACGAAACUCAGUUCAACGUCAAGGCCCUCAAGGGCAUGGAUCCAUGGAUAGUCGCCAUAACAACAGUUAUCAAAAACAACUACAAGAAGAUGCGGGGUGUACCAACGUACACGACGCUCUACAACGAUGCCAAAAACUUUAUCCGUGCUCAACUUGCUGCUGGUCAGCUUAACCCUAGAUACCAAGGCCCAAGUCCUAAAGAAUACAAUCCACUUCCAAGACACCAGGAAGACAAUACAAGCCACCAAGACCCGCAGUUGAUAUUCUAUAAGGACUACUUCGACCCCGGCGAAGAAAGAUUCCUAGUCCCCUUCCAAGCGCCAAGUGGUGGAGAGGCAGGUGGAAAAGUCACUAGGUAUCCAGAGGACGAAUAUCCGCGGCACGAUGAGCUAUAAAAUACUAAGAGAUAUGUGCUAAUGCUCGAAGAUUGAAUCCAUCAUACACUCUCUUAUAUUCAUGGCAUGACUAAUAGGACGAAGACUACAUGGUAAAUAUGAGACUGUUACAAUUUGAUUAGCCGGGACCUAACCACUCUCAAGAGUCAAGACGCUCACUGCCAAGGACAUAAAGUCUGUAUGUUUAACUUUAGGUAUAAAAUUGAACUACC